AUGACUCCGGCUCAUUUCAUUCAACAAUUGGCCAUGAGGAUCUUACUUGAUUUAACUCAACCGGACAGUCGCUAUGGCUAUCUGUUAAAAACGCUUGAAGCAUUGCAAAGAAGGGAAACCGCUGUAGCUUUUUUUACGUCAAGUGAUUUUUUUGAACAAAUUCGCAAAAGUUUGAUGCUUAACAAUCAAGGUUUCGAUGUUCACAGUGAAAUACUCGAAAUUUUGUUGAGAAUUCAGAUGGAUGGAUAUAACUCGAAUCACAUCACAAAACGCGAUAAAUUCGGUGUAUCGCGAGAUCAGUUGAAAAAUGCGCGUGAAUUUCCAAGGCAUACGGCAUACAACUCCUUACAUCAUAAAAAUCGGUUCCGAUUUAUUCGCGCAACGGACGUUUACUGUCAUUAA